AAUAGAAGGACAAAAAAUGAGUUAAAUGGAAUAUUGGAAUUGUUAAUUUAUAUUAUAAGACAUGAAAGAAACUGAUACCCGCUUGCUCAAAGUUGGUUAUGGGAGGACUAGCUAGCUAUAUGGGAUUUGUAAUCUCAUUAGGAUGGUCAUGGCUAACAGGUGCUAUUUCACUGAGAUAAUAGAUAAAAAAUGGUUUUGGUCCUCCACAAGUUUCCUGUCUUUCAUAGAGUAGCUGGCUAUCUUCAACAAUGAGAUGAAGCACCUAAACAACACUUGAAUUUCAGACUCUUGAAUUGGGUGAGACUCACUGACCUUAGAAAUAAUUGGGAAGUUAGUUAAAUAUUCGUGGACUUGUGUAACAUAGUGAAAGAACUGCAGUUACUGUUCACAUAUGUUCUUAUGAAAGACAGGAGUUGAUAAACUUAUGGAUCAGUUGGAGGGAUAUCAUGUUGUUACUGAAAUAAGGGCUCUGAUUACAAAUGAUGCAGUGAGAUUGAGUUGUUAAAUCCUUAUGGUUAGGCACCACCAUAAUCCUUCACAUGAAAUUUGAGAAGGCCAACUCUAAAGAGGGUUUAAUUGAGAAACAGAAUGUGAUUGUCUCAGUGGUGAACUUUGUAGUAUGGGGAAACAGAAGCUGGAGGCAUAUGAAUCUCCAGUUCCCUGUCUUUAGUUCCCAAUAAAUUAGUCAAGAAAAUGUUAUUUGUAAUGCUAACUAAAAUUGCCAAGAAAAUGUUGUUUUUAACUCUAAGUACAAAUCAAUCUUGUUAUCUUUGCUUCAAAUGCCCUAGUUUUAGCAAUCCCAAGAUCUCAAUGUAAACAAGACCUUAAGAAGAUUAGGCAUUGUCCACCUGGAUAAGUCAUAUAUGCAUUAUUUCAGCCUGUUAGACGUCUUGCCAACAAUUUGUACGCUCAACAAGUUCAUUUUAAUGCAGAGGGGUGGUAAAUGUCCUUCAAUCCGCUCUUGUGUUACUGCUUGUUGAAGAUUAUAUUUCUUUUUGAUGUAAAGGGAUAGAGAAAUGUUAAAGCAUCAUAGCAUGUUCAGUCUGGAAACUUGAAAUAUACUGGACAUCUAUAGGUCUUUUGGCAUUGGGUGCUGAGACAGUCUCUAAGUCAUGAAUCUAUUUGUUUUCUUAAGAGACUGGCUGAUGAAGUUCAUUUCUCCCUUGGGGAUUUGCAGGUUGAUGAAUUCUAUGGUCUCCUGGCCAUGCAAUAUAGAGUUACAACUUGAGAGGAAGCUGAUUGGUUAGAGAUGGUUGGUUUGCUAGUUUAGGCUUGUGAUUUGUCACUUGUGCAGUUCCAUCUGAUAAAGGGGGAAGCUUCUUCUCCAGUAAGAGACUUUUUACUACUUCUAAUUAAGAUGACAUUUUACAUGUAAAAACAUCUUCAUAUAGACUUGAAUAUUCAAGCUCUUGGAAUUUGAUUCAUCCCAUUCGGGAUUUGUAUCUGAAAGGAAACAGAUUUUUUG